AGUGAGUCACUGUUAUCUGUCUACCGAUCACUCUUCUCUUCUUGUCUGAAUUUCUAAAAUAAUUUCUCUCACUACCGUUUUUAGAGAGAGAAAGUUAGUGUGCUAAGCAUUUCUUGGUAAAGAGAAACAAAUAUUAAACAUUUAGUUUUGAUCAGUGUGUAAUCUUUAAAACGGCAAGUCGUUUUACCUAUCUUUCUUGUUUGUCAAAAGAACCCUAAAUUCACACUUGUUCAGAGAUCAUAAAUUGGUUACACUCUUCUUCAGGAGCUUCAUCUGGGUUUUUGGUAAUUAUGCCCUUUUUCUUAGCUGAAAUGCAAUGGAAUUUUGCAGGAUGAAACUUUGAGGCGUUGUUGGCGGUGGUGUGAGUGAAUAUUUAUUUAUACAUGGCUAGACCUCCUUUUUAUUGUGAAUAAUUAGCAGGAAGGAUUUUGGUGUUCUGAUAUUUAAUGCCUGGUAACGAAUUGGAAGACGGCAUCCACCAUCUGUAUGAGCUAGACAACUCUUCCCGGAGCCAGCAUCUGUCUGAAGUUAUUGGUGGCAAUUGGCCAGUACUUGACUAUAAUCAGUGGGUUGGAAAGCCGGCACAGAUUGGAUCACUACCAAACUUCAGUCUGAAGAACUAUAGCUUGCAGCAAUUAGAUUCUGCAAAGGUGCAUGUUUCUGAGCCUUUCAAAGAACACUAUACGCAGUUGACUCUGAGGCCAGAGUAUACUAGAAGUUUUAGCUUGAAUAAUCCGUUGAAUGCAAAUGAACGUUUGCUUGGGUUUCAGAAUUUUCACUCCAAGCAGAACCAGCCAGCAAUACUUGGUGAAAGCACCUGCUAUGACCAGCAAAUUCUGACUUCUAAAGGCUUUCCUAUUAUUAGAUCACAACCUGAUAAUGAGUGUGCAGACAGUCCCACCUUGACAACAAAUUCAGAAAGGUCCGAGAUUACUGAAGCUUCUAACGAUAUUAAUUUUCUUAGAGGGCACCAACAAUUUGCAAGAGACCAAGAGCUGAGUGCUCCUCAAAAUCACUCAAUGCAGCAGCCUGGGUUCAAUGACAUGCAGUUGCUGCAGCAGCACAUGAUGUUCAAACAGUUGCAAGAAUACCAGAGACAGCAACAGCUUCAGAAUAUAGGCGAUUUGAGGCAACAGAACUCAUUAAACCAGUUUUCUACUAUUUCUCGACAGGCAACCGGCAAUCAGUUUUCACCUCUUAUUAAUGGAACACCCGUUCACGAUGCAUCAGAAAUGUACCGGAACUUGAUGCAGCGAGGUGCUUCUCCAGCUCCACAAGGAAUACCGAAUAAAGUUAUAUUCUCCCAAGAGCAAGGUCAGGCUUUGCGUUCCAUGGGUCGUACACCUCAGCAGCUUGAUGUCUCUUUAUAUGGUACUCCUAUUUCUAGCACUAGAGGUAUGAUGAGUCAGUAUCCCCAUCUCCAAGGACUACCCCAUGAUUCUGCAAAUUUUUUGGCCAAGGCUAGUGGUCAAGCACAAAAGUCCAUGAUGCAAUCAUCUGGCUUUGGCAACUCCUAUAUUGGGGAUCAGCCUGCUGUUCCUGACCUGGUGGGCUUAUCUCAAGGAGUUUUGGUAUCUAAGCAGGAGCUUCAAAUGAAAAAUAAUUUUGGACAAGUUUCUGUUCAAGGUCUAAACAGUGGGGCUUAUCCAGGAAGUCUUCAGGAGGGUAAUACUCCACAGGUUGCUACAACAGCGAAGGAAUAUAGUGGGAGAAAUGAACAAGCUGGUUGGCCUGCAAUUCAACAAGCAAAACAACUUAGUUAUUCUCAGGGUUUGGUCCCUUUGGACCCAAUGGAGGCAAAGAUUCUGUACAAUAUGGAUGACAACAUUUGGGAUGCUUUAGGAAGUUGCCCAGAUACAAGUGCUGGAGGUUUGAGCAGCACAUUGGAACAUCCAGACUCAUCUUAUGCAUUCCCUUCUAUUCAGAGUGGGACCUGGAGUGCACUUAUGCAGUCUGCUGUGGCAGAGGCUUCCAGCAGUGAUACUGGGUUACAAGAAGAGUGGAGUGGCUUGACUUUUCAGAACACUGAGCACUCAACCGAUAACCAAAUUUCAAACUUUGUGGACAGUGAAAAGCAACCUGCAGGUUGCUUUGAAAACAACUUGCAGAGUGCAUUGUCCUUUAAUUCAAAACCUUUUCCUAUAAUUACAGAGGCCAGCAUGAGUUCUGGCUUCCCCGGCUUUCAGCAAUCAGGAAUUCAAUUAUCAGUUGAACAAAGAAAGAAUAUAUGCCAGGAUGGCUCUCGCGAACCCAUUGAGAAUUACAACUCUCAGCAUAAAUCAUCAGUUGAAGGUGGUCAUAAGGUUCAAACAAUUAUUCCUCCAGAUAAUGCAUGGUCUCGACAGAUGUUUGAGCAAACACAAAGUGCUGCACAGCAUCAGAAAGGAUCCUCAAGUGAUAUUUCUUUGGAUAACAGGGGUAGUAAGAACAUAUCAAAGACCCGACAGCAGAUGAAUAGUGGCCCUGAUGUUUGUGAUGACUCUUUUGAAGGCGCCAGUGAAAGACAUGAAAUGCAGCAGAACUACCAGCAAAGAGAGAAUUCUAAUGACUGCUCAAGAAGCUCUAGUAGUCACGAGCAAGGGCAUGUUGAGCAGUUUAAGAUUUUUGGUAACCUUACUCCAACGAGUGUAGAUAAGGCGCCUUUACCUGAUUUUCAAGGAAAGGAGGUACCUUUUAUAGGUGAUCAUGGCUCUAAUGCGUCCAUUGCUAUUCGUAGAUCAGCUCUCCCUGGUGACUUAAAUGUCACUUAUCAGACAAGUGAACAUAUGCUUGAGUUGCUCGACAAGGUUGACCAGUCGAAGGAUGGUAGCAGCAUAAAACAAUCCGUAACCACCAACUCUAAUCAAUUGGCUGAAGUUCCUGGAGCAGAUUUACGUGAUACAUCUGUUGCUCAACUCUAUGCUCAAACUUCUGCUUCCCAAGGUUUUAAUUUGAGGUUGGCUCCUCCGUCUCAAAAGUUUACCUCAAAUAGCUCUUUUGUUCCUCAAGGUUUCCCACAGUCUAUAAACAAUGUGAAUUCCAGACAAGUCAACCCGGAGUCAGGGGAGAGAAAUCAGGCUUGGUUAACUCCAUCUUCAUUUCAGACUUCACCUCCUUCACAUGACCUGGCUCAGAGAGCACAUUGGGAUAAUAAAACUAGUACUGUGGGACAAACAAGCUUUUCUCCAUAUAUGAAUAUGCAGGGAAACUCUGUUGUGCCGUCAUCACCAACUAUUUCACUCACAAGAAGUCAACUUCUAAUGCAUCCCAUACCCAAUGUACCUGUUACUUCUCAGUCAUCGCUAGCAGCCUUACCUGGUGCUACCACUGGAUUUCCACCUUUUAAUCAAGCCGCAUUGCAAGUUACUUCUCAACAAAUGCACCACAAUGCUGAAAGUCAGAAGUCUCCAGUGUCGGAUACUUCACCCAAAUCUCAGCCUUUAAACAUGUUAGGCUUGUCUCAACAGGGUGAGAAUUCAACAAGGUCAUAUAAUGUAUGGAGAAAUGUGCCAACCCAGAGACAGCCUUUUGGUAUAGAUCCUACAAAUACUAUAAGCACUUCACAGGCUCCACAUGGGUCUUACUAUCAGAAUUCCAUAAAAGAUGGAUAUAAAUCAUCGGAAGCUGGUACAUCUUCUACUUUGCAGGGCUUCGUCCAAAGGGAAGAGCAUCUUGGAAAAGAAAUGUUGCAACAGCAAAUAUCAUCUAAGGCACUUGACACUCGUCAGUUAGAUGGUGCAUCUCAAGGGCAAGAACCAAUUUUAGAUUCUCUGCAGCAGGAGCAGGACCAUAAUCAAGCAAGGGAUAGCAGUAACAUGGCUCAAGCUUUUUCUGGAACAAAUCGCGACUUUUUCAGCCAUUCACAUAAUGGCCGUCAGAACUACUCUCUUCUGCACCAAAUGCAAGCCAUGAAUAAUGACAGAGAUGGUGCUUUGGACGUUCAACGGUCUACAGAUUUUGGGGGACAGCAGUUGCAUGAUAAUAUUUCAGGGUUCAGAAGCUCUAUCGACGGUAGAUCAAAUUCAACUUCAGUACCUAAUUCUUUUCCACCUGGGGAUGGUCAAAUGGUAAGCCUCCAGGCAGAAGCAAGGGAGGGCCUAACUGCAAAAGCUUCUUCACAAACUGCUCUUCAAUCCAGACCUUCUCAGGAGAUGGCCAGAUUUGAUUAUAAUGGCUCUCAUGCUCAAUCUAGCAGCAGCAAUAUGCUCUCUACUCAUACAGAACAUGGCCAUGUUAAUCUGCAAAUGGCACACUCCUGGUUUAAGCAGUAUGGGGCUCUUAGAAAUGGACAAAUUGCAUCAACAUUUGAUGCUAGGCUUGCCUCAGCUGCCGCACUACAAUUAUCAUCUCAGGGAAAUCAUUCUCCGGAUUUGCAUCUUGACACCCCUUUGGAAAGGGUAGAUGUUGGUCAAGGUGGCAGGAUUUGGCCGAGCACAGCAGCUGCCUUGGUAGCAAGUCAGCAGCUUUCCUCCCAAUAUGUAUUGCCUUCAGAAGUUGCCAAUCAAGCGGCUUUUAUGAGACCAAAUAAGCGUAAAAUUAUGACAUUUGACCUUCUACCUUGGCACAAAGAAGUGAGUCAAGAUUCCAUAAGGCUUCAAAAUAUCAGUGUGGCAGAACAAGACUGGGCACAAGCCACAAACCGUCUGACUGAGAAGGUAGAAGAUGGAGCUGAAAUUAUUCAGAAUCUACAACCAAUGCACCGGUCAAAGAGAAGGCUUAUAUUGACAACACAGCUUAUGCAGCAAUUGUUUCGGCCUGCAGUUGCACCAUAUUCUAUUUUGUCUGCAGACUCUGCGUCCAAUUAUGGCACCAUAUUGUACUUCAUUUCUAGAUUAUCUCUGGGGGAUACAUGUAGCCUUGCUAAUCGCAUGAGAAAUGAUCUAAAGCUUGUAAGCAACCGUAACAUGAAUUCUGAGAAGCUCAAAAUUCCCGAAAAAAUUGGUGACGAGCAGUUUGUGGGAAUUGUCGAAGAGUUUAUUGAUAGAACGCAGAAAAUGGAUAAUGCUUUUCAAAGAUUGGACAAGUCAGCAUCAGUGGUAGACAUAAGAGCAGAGUUUCAGGAGCUAGAAAGGUUUUCUGUCAUCAACCGAUUUGCCAAGUUCCAUGUUCGGGGACAGUUGAACGCCUCCGGAACCGCAUCACCCUCUUCGGCUCCAAAACCGAUUCCCCAAAGGCACGUUAUGGCAUUUCCAAUGCCAUGUUAUCUACCGGAGGGGGUACAAUGUCUUUCACUAUGAGUCGAACUACUUACAGAAAACUGAAUCGGUGAAUCCUCUUUUUAUCUGCAACGUGCAUAUCGUUCUGUCACUUUUGCGGUCCUGCUAACUUUUUCAUUAACUCGAAACACCCCAAUGCAAGAAAGAAGAGUAAUGCUAAAUGGAAAGCUGGACAGAUCAAACUCGAAGUAACAAGGCCGCAUAUUAGUUUUGAAAUUACGGCCGAAUUGUUGUCAUUUUUGAGAAAGUAUAUAUUGUUUUGUUGUAUAUGUUAAUGAAAAAUUUCCAAGGAGAAUAGGGAAGUUUUCAAAUGUAACUUUUUAUAGAGCAAGAGGAUCAAAUCAGUAGUUGUGGAUGUUCUGUAGUGGUUGUUACAUAAAAAUAGUUGAAUCAAUGUAGCUUUUACAUAUUAUUA